ACCUAUGUUGACUCACGUGUCUGCCAUUGUCACGAUGUAUGGAGUCUGUAAACAUGUAAUGCGCUUUUACUGGUUAUAGACGAGUAUUGAUUUCAUUUGCGCACCCGUUGAUAAACAUCCGUCAUUGAUUUCUAUGUAACGUUAGGAGUCCGAGCUUUUGUCCUCCAACCUGUGCUGACUUGUCCUGGACAUGGACGUGGUGGAUGAGAGUCCGCCUGUUAAGGGUCUCAUAAGUAAAGUUCUUGAAGAUCACAGGAGCAGCAGAACUGAUCCUCUUUUACUGAGGAAUGACUCUCAGUUUAGGAAGAACCUGGAAGCUAUUAUAUCUCAGAAGCAGCCACCCGUGUCCAUCCGCUGUUCAAAUGCCGGACAGACUAGACACAAGGUAAAUCAGGCUUGCGUGAAUAAUGUGCCAUGUGCCGGCCGAGCUCUGAGGAAUGCUUUCUUAUCCAAUUGCCAGGAUAACUGGAAAGCACAUAUUAAACUGGCAAGAAUCAUCAGGAGGACAUGUACAGGUCAGGAGCUUGUGGAAUGGCUGAUGGAUCGUUGUGAGUUUAUCCAGAACAGGUCAAUAGCUUCCAAAAUCUGGAACAUUCUUCUGGACUUGGGCAUGUUGCUUUCAGUGGAGCAGAACAAUGUAUUUGAGGACUCCAGGUGUCUGUACCAGUUCACCUUUGAGGAAUGUGAAGCCCAGAGCUGUGAUUUCCGAAAUCAGGUCAAGUGGCCGAGUGCAGUACACCUACUGCUAGAGCUGGUCCCAUACGUGCAGCCUCGCAGUGGAACCCACAGGCGCUGUAAAGAAGAUGCAGCGAAACCAUCUGAUGCUUGUAACCCAGUUCUUCAAAUGAAAGCAUUGGAGCAUCUCACCUCUACGGUGCAGAAUGAACUGUGUGCAGCUUUGGCUCGCAAGGCACAGACUAAAUCAAUGAUGGAGGAGAGCAGUCCACAACAUAAUACUAACACGCAAGGACCAUCUCCCAGUCCUGCUGUGCGCAAGCAGGGCCCCGGGGCUGGUACACGCGAUAAAGAGGAUAUCAGCCGAUUGGAGAUGGUCCAGAGACUGGCCAAAGACGGAUGCCGGCUUCUACACAGCCCGCUUAGAGCCACCGAAAGGCCCGCUGAGCCCCCCGGUGACGCAGCAGUCCGUGUGUGUGAGAGAGAGAGGAGCCACGAGGUGCUUCAGAGAACGACGUCACCGAGUGCUCCCUCCUCCUCCUCCUUCCCCUGGACCGGGAGGUACGCUGCCGUGCCUGCCGCCCCUGAAAGGGUUUUGGAGCAUCUGCUGGGCCACCUGAGGCUGGACGAGGAGCAAAAGAGCCCCCAGAGCAGAGAGACAGAGAGUGUACUGGAUGAUUUCCUGCUGACGUAUCCUGUGUUCAUGUCCACCAGUGACCUUUGUCAAGCUCUACUUGGUCACUAUUGUUCAAAGAAAGGACAGAUGAAAGAGGAGGGGAGAGACACUCUGCUUAGGAAACGAAAAGUGCUGCACCUGCUGUCCCAGUGGAGCUCGCAGUGCUCAGACCUGCCGCAGGACGACGAGCACGCCAAAAUAUUCCUCAAGACACUGUACAGACACGUUCUGGAUGAUCUCUGUGAGUUUCCAUCCCUGGAGAAGGAUCUCAAAGAACUUCAGAAACUUCUAAGAAUGCAAAGGAGACACACGGUAGAUGAAUCCUCUCCGCAGAAGAAGAAUAAAGCGCUCUUCCACCAGCUGAGUCUGAAGGAGAACUGGCACCCUGUGAGAGGAGCUCAGAAGGAGAGGAAGGAAGUGCUGUGUCGCGUGGACGUGAGCAUAGAUUCAUACGUGAGCGUGAGGACACACAGCGAGGUGUCCGUGCAGGAACUGCUGAGGACUGUGGCCGAAAGGCUCGACUGUGCCGAGGACGACAUGGUGUUGAUGGCCGUCACGUAUCCUGGAGAGAAGGUUCUGCUUCAGUCGGAUCAGUGUGUGUUCUCGUCUUCACUCGGUGCCGCGGAGAGGCUGCUGGUCUGCAGAAGAGACCUGACUGACAUCAUGAGUCCCUUCACUGAUAAUGGGCACCAGCGCUCAGUAAAGAUGCUGAGCAUGAACACAUGGGAUGUCGCCGUGUCGCUCACCAACUGUGACUGGAGUCUCUUUAGUAACGUCCAUGAGCAAGAACUGGUGCACUUCACGUUGAGCCGCGAUGCGAGCGCUGGCCACACGGUGGCGCUGGAGCAUCUGUUGCAGCGCUGUAACGAGACUCAACAGUGGGUGAUGACCGAAGUCCUUCUGUGCACAACCCUCUGCAAACGUGUGCAGCUCUUCAAGAAAUUCAUCAAGAUCGCAGCACACUGUAAAGCACAGAGGAACCUGAACUCGUUCUUUGCGAUUAUCAUGGGACUCAACAGUCCUGCUGUCAGUCGACUCACUCAGACAUUGGAGAAAGUCCCUGGGAAGUUCAGGAAGUUGUUCUCCGAGCUGGAGAGCCUGACGGACCCUUCUUUAAACCAUAAAGCCUACAGAGAUGCCUUCAGGAAGAUGAAGUCUCCCAAGAUCCCUUUCCUACCUCUGCUACUGAAAGAUAUUACCUUCAUUCACGAGGGCAACAAAACCUUUCUCGACAACCUCGUCAACUUCGAUAAACUACACAUGAUAGCAGACACAGUGCGGAUUAUCAGGCAGUGUCGGACUGAUCACAUGGGAAACAUGUUGUCCCAGAAGGACAGCGUGGAAGUGAGAACGUACAUCAAUUACCUGCACGUCAUCGACAAUCAACAGACUCUGUUUGAGCUCUCACAUAGACUUGAGCCCAGGACAUAGGACAACAUCCUAAAUCAACUACCGAACGCUACAGGACAGAAGACUGUGAUGAGUAAAUCCUUCACUAGGGGGAGACACACUCACACCAACCACACCGAGCGGACACAGUGAAUCGCACAGCCAAAGAAAUCUUGACAAGAUUAAUAAUGUGAAAGGAAGAAAGAUGCUGAAUCAUGCAAGACAGCAAAAUAUAAAAUUGGCUUCUGAAAUCUGCAGAACAGUUAACAAAUAAAACAUUACAGUAAUGUUACAGUAUAGAAACAUGUUGAGAAUCAGAUGUUUUUUGUAGUGUAGGACAGUUUUAGUUGUUAUGAGCCAGUUUGCCACUUCAAAAUAGUUUCACAACAAUAGCCAGUGGAUGGUUUUAGCAUAUGUGUAUAUAUGAGAAAAUAAUCUUAAUUUCUAUGUCGUCCAAUUAGUGUGGAAUUUGAGCUACAUGCACAAAUCUAAAGCAAUUUGAUGCCUUUUUAGAUCAUGUCCAACAAACUAUUUGUAGACAAUCAGAAACAUAUCUUAAGGUAGCACACUGUAUUUUAGGUACAGUAUUGCCUCCAGAAACAAGAAGUAGACCUGUAGAUUAAAGGAAAUUAGUUGAACUUGCACACACUAUAUGGACAUCUUUAAAUAAUGCAUAUCUUUAAGAAAAUAAAUGCUAUUUAUUUUGCAGACUUUUACAUAACAAUUGGAUACAAAUUAUGGACUAACUUCCUGUUUGAGCAAUGGUUCUGUCACUAGAUAGUGCUUGAAGAAAGCAAGUUGUACUUUGAUUUAUGAGACAUUAAGAUAUUUAUCAAACAAAAGUUGUCCCUGAUUCAGAAGGGAAGAAAACGUCUAGGUUUUAAAUGCAAAGAAAUUAUGUAAUGCAAAUGUGAUCAGAUGGUCUGAAGGAUUUGGCGACGCCAUUGAUUGACCAGUCUGAUAAUGCCCGAGGUUCAUCCGUGAACUCUGUAAAUACAAAGACUUUUUAAAAAAAGAAAGAAAUACAAAAAAAGGCCAUAAAGCAAUAGAAAGGUGUGCUUCUCACCUUCAGAAAACAAUUGUUAGCAGUGACUGACUGUAGCUGCUGUUUGCACUAGGUUUUCUAAGAGCCUGACAUUAAAGGGGAAAAAAAUCCUU